AUGAGGGCUUCAGCCUCACUACUGAGUGCGAAGCUUCUCCUGGCGCUGAGCGCCUUCAGGCACAUUGGAGCUUAUGCGAGUCCAAGCAUCAACGUCGCUUUACGCGCAGCCUUUAGCCCCGCACCAUACCUAGUAGAGCUGCUGGAAACCGCUGCAGAAGAGAACGCGACCGCCUACUACCCAAUCCUCGACCGCGUAGCUGAAGGCUACUUUGACGACAAGUCUACCGAUCAAGAGCUAUACACGGCCUUUGUAGACCUACUACGAAUUGAUGGACACAUUACUGCACCUGAAGCCCUAGCUUCCUUCCAAUUUGCCCUAUCAGUCCGAUCGGCUGCGCCGCGGAUAGAAGCACACCACCAGUACUACAAGACGUCGGCCGAACCUUCUCUUGUCGCUGAACAGACCGACGCAUGCGGUAUAUGGGUAUCGUUUCAUGGCAAGCAAUACUGCUCGGUACAGCUGGAUGAGCCGUUUGGUAACAUUCAUAGCGAACGUACAUACCAAUUACCCUUCGACCGCAUACUUGGUAACAGCUCGGCUUUGCCUGCUAUCCUCUACGCCGAUAUCACUUCACCCGGGUUCAAGAAAUGGCACAAGACGUUGAGCAGCACAGCCAGGGAGGGGAAGACAUCCUACCGCGUCCGACACAAGCCUUCAGCCAAGGCCUCAACUUCGCCGUUGAUCGUGAAUGGCUAUGGCGUCGAGCUACAGCUGAAGCGGACCGACUACAUUGUCAUUGACGACCGACAAGCCGUGGAGGGGGAGAGUGCUGCUCAGAAGCCGAUGGGUACAGAGUUGAACGACGAUGAGGAGGUUGCGGACCUCAGGCCAUUGUCCAAAGAGGAGGUAUCGAAUCUUGGCCUCAAAGCUGCUAGUUUCGUGGCCCAGAGUGAACAGCCCAUGGACACUCUUAUGAAGUUGAUACAAGACUUUCCCAAGUAUUCAUCCAUCAUCGCUGCUCAAGACGCCUCUGAAGAGUUCAUUGAGGAACACUUGAAGAAUCGCGAGCAACUUCUCUCUGCGGGCCUCAGCGUCAUAUGGAUCAACGGUGUACAGAUCCCAGCUCGCGAAGUCAACCCGUACUCUUUGCUAGCGCAUCUGCGACGUGAGCGAAAAUUAGUCACUGGUAUCCAGAAACAAGGUCUUACUGGAUCUGAGGUCAUUUCCCUGUUGUCGCACCCAGCCAUCGCAGAGACGCAAACAGAAGAUGAGCCACAGCGCUAUGACUUUAGGGACACAUCUGAAGGCGGCAAUGUCAUUCUCUGGUUGAACGAUAUCGAAAAAGACACUAGAUACGAGACCUGGCCUGCUGAUCUCCGGGCCUUGCUCCAGAGAACUUUCCCUGGCCAAUUGCCGUCUUGUCGUCGAGACAUACACAAUGCCAUCUUCUCCAUCGACCUAACUUUUGCAGAUGAAGUGAGUGAUCUGCUGAAUGUCGUCCUUAGUCUCAUUAAGCGCGGCAUCCCGAUGCGCUGGGGUAUUGUACCUCGAACUACUGGGAAAGGCGCGCUAGAGCAAGCCAAGAUAAUCUACCACUUACUCGAGGCAUAUGGCGUCGAUGCCGUAACUGUGUAUCUCGAAAAGUCCUUACAGGAUAAGAAGCUGGCACGUCCAGACAAAGCCAUAUUUGCCGCGAUUGUCAAAAGUGCCCCGAUCCUUGACGAGCAGCAACCUCUCGAUUUUGACGAUGUGAUCAAGUCAGAAAGCCUCGAUCAGCGCGUUGCCGGUGCGAAACAGUACUUGAAGCGUCUCUCAGCAGAAGGCCCUAAAGCUCCAAUCUUCGUAAACGGUGUUCCCAUUCCACUUGGUGAUGAGUGGCUAUCUGCCGUUAGUCAAAGAGUUGGCAUGGACCUUCGUCUGGUGCAAAAGGGAGUCUUUGAGGGGGUCCUCAACGAUGACAGCUGGGUGCCGCAAUUGUUCCUCUUCCAGGCUGCCAACAAGCGCAACCCUGUUAUCAUCCCAGAGAACGAGAAGAACAUCACAGUCCUCAACAUGGCUGAUUUCCAAGAAAUCCAUGGAGAGGCUUUUAACAAGAUGCCUCGAGUCCGUGCAUCAGAUUCUGCCAGCAAGAGUGACUGGGUGCACAUUACGUUGGUCGCAGACUUCGACUCGGUGCCUGGAUCCGCUCUUCUUAAAUCAUUGGCGAACUUCCGUGAAGCCAACCCAAAUGUUGAGGCGGUUUUGAUACACAAUCCCCAGACUGGCGCGGAGCAGUCCAACACGUCAGAAGACCUAUUAGAGGCUUACACCAAGUCAGGCCAGGAACUUACAAGUGAAGCUUUGAUGGAGCUCCUGGCCCGGGAUGCCAAUCCCAGAGCUGUGCCCGCCGACUCCACAGCAUUCUGGAAGACGGCUGAGCCAAUCUACGAUGCUUUUGGUCUCAAACCAGGACAGCACGGUCUUCUAGUCAACGGACGUUAUGUUGGCCCUAUUGCAGAUGACUACGCGUUUUCCAAUGACGAUAUGGAGACCUUGGUGACUUAUGAAACAAACAAACGCAUCGAGCCUCUGAAUAAGGCACUCCAGGGCCUUGAGCUCUUGGACAAGAUUGCCUCGCCUUUCGAUAUUGCCAAAGUUCAGUCGCUAGUAGCACUCUCAACGGUAUCGGAUGUGCCAGAAGGUAUGUUUGAAACCGCAUCGACACUGAGAAUCAGCACAUACAACAGCUGGGCCGCAGAGCACACCGCUAUCGUCAAGGGAGACCAAGAUAAAGCUAUCUUCCAUAUCGUAGCUUCUGUAGAUCCGGCUACCGAGCUGGCGCAGAAAUGGGUCCCGAUUUUGAAGACAUUGAGCGACAUGGAUGGUGUGCAUCUAAAGCUCUUCUUGAACCCUGGACAAAUGCUCCAGGAACUCCCUGUAAAGCGAUUCUACCGCUAUGUCCUCGAGGCCCGACCCCACUUCAACUCUGACGGGUCUGUCGGCAGUUUGGCGGCGCACUUCUCUGGUAUUCCGAAAGAAGCUUUGUUGAACCUCGGUAUGGAUGUCCCUCCGUCGUGGCUAGUCGCACCGCAAGAGUCUAUUCACGACCUGGAUAACAUCAAACUCAGCACAAUUCCGGCGGGAACCAACAUCGAUGCCAUUUAUGGACUGGAGAGUAUCCUCAUUGAAGGACACUCUCGCGACACAACUCUUGGCGGUCAAGCACCUCGUGGAGCUGAAGUCGUCCUCUCUACCGAGAAAGAUCCACACUUUGCAGACACGAUCAUCAUGGCCAAUUUGGGAUACUUCCAGUUCAAGGCCAAUCCCGGCUUCUACAACAUUCAACUGAAGAGCGGUCCCUCGCAGGACAUCUUCAACUUGGAUAGUGCUGGUACGAGUGGCUGGGCACCUCAGCCAGGUGAUGAGACUACUGAGAUCGCUCUCAUGAGCUUUCAAGGAGCUACAAUCUUCCCUCGGUUAUCUCGUAAGCCUGGCCAGGAAAAGGCCGAUGUACUUGAUCCAGGGGAGUCGCUUGCGUCUGAACUUAUUGGCAAAGGCGCACAGAAGGUCAACAGCUUUUUCGGCAAGAUGGGAUUAAACAUCAACUCCGAGAAGGUCUUCCAGAAAGGCGCAGACUUGUUAGCGGGGGGCAAAGCAGUGAAGAAAGGUACCCAAGCCGACAUCAACAUCUUCUCCGUCGCUUCUGGUCACUUGUAUGAGCGCAUGUUGAACAUCAUGAUGGUCUCCGUCAUGAAGCACACCAACCACACAGUCAAGUUCUGGUUCAUCGAGCAAUUCCUUUCACCGAGCUUCAAGUCUUUCCUCCCACAUAUCGCUGCUGAGUACGGAUUCGAGUACGAAAUGGUCACAUACAAGUGGCCACAUUGGCUUCGGGGACAGACUGAAAAACAGCGUGAGAUCUGGGGUUACAAGAUCCUCUUCCUGGACGUGUUGUUCCCCUUGGAUCUCAAAAAGGUCAUCUUCGUCGACGCGGAUCAGAUUGUCAGGACAGACAUGUACGAGCUCGUGCAGCAUGAUUUGCAGGGCGCGCCAUAUGGUUUUACACCCAUGGGCGACUCACGCACUGAGAUGGAAGGUUUCCGAUUCUGGAAGACUGGCUAUUGGGCUAACUUCUUACGUGGCCGUCCAUACCACAUCUCCGCGCUCUACGUUGUUGAUCUUGUUCGUUUCCGUCAGCUCGCAGCCGGAGAUCGACUACGCCAGCAAUACCACUCCCUCUCUGCUGAUCCCAACUCCCUUUCCAACCUGGACCAGGAUCUGCCCAACAACAUGCAAUUCAAUCUCCCAAUCCACAGUCUACCACAGGAAUGGCUCUGGUGCGAGACCUGGUGCAGCGACGAGGAUCUGGCCAAAGCAAAGACUAUCGACUUGUGCAACAACCCUCAAACCAAGGAACCGAAGCUGGAUCGUGCGAGAAGACAAGUUCCAGAGUGGAACGUGUACGAUGAGGAGAUUGCAGCGCUGGCGAGACGCGUCAAGGGAGAGAAGAAGGCUGCAGAGGUGGUAGAUGUACAGGAGCAGGAGCAGCUUAGGGAGAAGAAGGAGAAGGAUGCCGAGAAGAAGGUAGAGCACAAUGAGUUGUAA